AUGAUACAGGUACCUAACGCGUUUAUCUCGCCCCCCUUAGCGACCACACUAGGGCCCGGAGCUGACUCACUGGAGGAUGUGAUGCUGCGAAUCGGAAACAAGAACCUGAGCACGGAGGAGAUCAAGCAGGACCUGUUGCGAUUGGUCAACCUGCUGCAGGAUCUGAAGGUGUCGCUGAAGGGGACGUUUUCUAGGGACGUGGUGGUGUCGCACAUGCCACAGUACUUCGACUGGAUCCAGGACGGGCGUGGCCUCUUCUACCCGCUGUACAAGUGCUUUUCGCAGAUCGAGCCCGCGAUGCUGAAGUUCCUGGACCCGCUGGAGGCGCAGCAGACGUCCGGCGCGCUGAACAGGGACCAGGUGGCGAUCUUCAACCUGAUCGACCAGGUGUCCGAGCUCGUGCUGAGCCUGAAGCCGCUGUUCCAGUCGGUGAAGAACCUAUUCGACACGGCGCUGGAGUUCAAUGAGAUCUUCAAGGACCACAUGAACUCGCUACUGGAGGAGAUCGAAGGAAACAUGAAGAAGUGCCUCGCGCUGCACCAGGACUGCUUCGCGUCGCCCGUGAGACACCCUCCGUCCUUCACGUUGGACCAGCUCGUGGAGCUUAUAUCCUCAUCGUCAAACAACCAGCGGCUGCAGAUGCCGACCUUCAAUCCCCUGGAAAAGCGCAUCUACCAGGAUUACUGCGAGCUAGAGAAUGCUAUUGUGCCGAUCCAGACAUCGCUGAGAGACGUCCUGAAAACCCGCAUCCAGAUGUUCAGGGACCGAGAUAUUAUCAACCUAAACUACUUGAUGCGCUUGCUGAACCACAAGUACGCAAACAUAGUGGAGAAGUAUGACCACUUUCACAGCGAGCUGAUGGCUUUGAAGGCCGGGAUCAUAGAUAAGCGCUGGAACGUCCUCUUCACAAACCUUAACAUGGAAUUGGCAUCUAUACUGACGAGUGUGACUCGCAUGUACGAGAGUCUGCAAGACAACCCGACCAUAUCCGGCGAUACGAGGGACACGCUUAUACAGCAGAUACAGCAGAAAAGCGAUACCAUAUUCAAGACCUUCGAGGUCAUAUACAAGGCCCUUGACGCCUCCAUCCUCAAUCCCAACGUGGCCGAAGUCACUAAUACCCUGGCGGAUAAGUGGCUAGUUCUUCGCGAGAAAGUAGACCCCAUCCUCCCCAAAGAGACAGAGUCUGAUCCCAUCGACGUUUUGACAAAGCGAAUGAGCGACAUGACAAUUUCAGAGCCCGUGGACUCCAAACCGUUCCAUUUCGAUCGGAGCAAACGAUGUAGCGUAGGCGCACUCUUAUUACGCAAAAUGAACAUCAAGCCCAUACUCACAUCAGAUCCCGAUGAGGCGGAGAAGCCGAAGUUCAACAGGAGCUAUAGAAGCCCUAGCAGCGCGGAUGCCAACGGGUCCCCGAUCUCCUCGGAUUACCCCCCAGUGCCGUUCUCUCUAGAGCCCGUUCAUUCUAAAAACCCGCCCGUUUUUAAGCUCCAGAUUGGCUCCCCUGACCAGCCACCCGUCGUAAAGCUCCAGAACGAAAAUGUGUGCACAGAAGACAAAAAGACAUUGGCGCCCUCAAACACAGCAACGGCAGAGCCCAUAGGUGCUACCCAAAUGCAACUGAAUCCGGAAUAUCCUUGCUCACCCCCGCCGCCGGGGGACCCACAGCCCACGUCUCCGGCGCAAAACGCCACCAGAAGGCCUUCCGACGCAAGUCUUGGAUAUCCUGGAUCACACAAAGACCCACAGUCCCCAUCAGCCCCCUUCCUCUCUGCAGGCUCAUCUGCGCCGGUCUCGCCGCGGGAGGCACCGGCCACGAAGUCUCCGUCGCUAUCACCAAAGGACUGUCGGCCAGAGUUCGACCACAUGGAACCCCCAGAUUUCUUUCGCAGCGGAGAAGAUAGCUACACCUGGCGCCGCGACCGGAGCAGGAACUCUUCUGUUUCCUCUGCCUCCGCCGGCGAACUAUCCGGCAAGCUGCUCCUGAGCGCGUCUCCCCAGAGCUCGCAGCCGGGUGACUUCACCGCAUGCACAACUGCGCCGAACGAGGACGACGUCUCUCCAACUUCGCUGGUUUCCGAUGACUACAUCAAGCAGGCGGAUCAUAUUAAGUAUAUCGAACGUAUCGAGGAAGAGCGUUUUAGGUACUAUGCUAAUAUGCAUUCGAGGAUUCCCGUCAUGUUCAGCGAUUUGAUACCGCAGCCAAUACACCUCUCACACUUCCCCCGAAGCCCAGGAACCCGGCACAACUACUGGUCAUCGAGAUUGAAGGAGCCCACGCCGUUGGCGGAUCUUCUUAACUUAUCAUGA